AUGUCAUAUUCGUCUUACAUAGUUAUCUGCGUUCUCAAUGGCGUCCUUGGUUGUAUUGCUGUAGUGUUUAACUGUCUGACAAUCCAUGCCAUCAGAAAAAUUUCAUCUUUGUCAGCUGGUUCACAGCCCGCGUUACCAGGUUCGUCGGCCUUGCCAAUACCACUGAAAAUAUUGCUUCUUAGUAUGGCAGUUUCUGAUCUUGGUAUUGGCUUGUUGGUGCAGCCUUUAACCAUUGCCGUUUAUGUUUUAGACAUAAAAGGUGAGAGCACAUUAACUGUCUUGCAUGAAUCCAUAAACCCGUUCUGUCUCAUCCCCGCUAGCUUCUUUACUUACGCUUCAUUCUUUAGUGUUACUGCUCUAACCAUAGACAGAUUUUUGGCUCUUUAUCUUCACCUAAGAUACAAAGAACUGGUGACUCGUAAACGUAUCGUUUCUGUGGUGAUUUUUAUUUGGAUUCUCAGUGCAGUUCUUUCGCUAGUUUACAGAUUGCGUUUGAUCGAAACAGCGGAUGGUUUUUUCAUUGCAAUGGAGGUUCUUUGUCUUGUAGUCAACGCUGCGAUUUAUUGCAAGAUACACGGAGUCGUACGAAGGCAUACCAAACAUCUUAAGACCCUACAAGUUCAACAAGAAACGCAAAGAAGUGAUAUAGCGAAUGUUGCCAAGAUUGUAAGAUCAACAAUAAGUAUAUUCUACGUCUUUGUUGUGUUUUCAAUUUGUUAUAUACCCUGUGUUACUAUUCACGUAGCUUCCGCUGCAAUACGUACUGAAAGCUCUGGCCAAGACACAUGGAUUGAGCAAGUACACCCUUAUACAGGAAUACUGUUGUUUCUUAAUUCAUCUCUAAAUCCCUUCAUUUACUGUUGGAAAAUGAGACGCAUUCGAUUUGCGAUUAAGUCUCUCAUUCUUCGUCCGUCAGUUAAAGAGAAUGGCCAGCGCCGCUCGCAACAAGAGGACUACUACUUGCGUUAG